AAGAAUUCUCUGUUAUGUUCAACUAAUCUCCACGGACUAUGGGUUGGAUACUGGGACUGUUGCUCUACCUCUGUGCAGGAGUUUUUGCUGAUAAGUUGAAAAGUGAUAGUGUCAAUAAAAUAAUGGUUAACGGCGGAGCUAUAUUAGUUAACACCUCCACAUCCGGAUUGACGGAUGCAAAGGGAUCUGUUGUCGUACCAGGCCCGGGAUAUUAUCACGAAACCAUUAUCGGCGAGAGACCACUUGGUAAAGGUACGCCAUUGCGAAAUGCUGGUAAUGGCAUUGUUGUCAUCAGCGAGAGCAAGCAUACGAAAAAUGGCGAGACAAACGUUGUUAAGUCCAAAGUCCAAACUGUUACAAGUAAGCCCAAACCCAAGCGAAAAUCCAAACGCAAGAUAAAAACCAAGCCCAAGCCAAAUCGAAAGGGUUCGCCUCCCAGGAGUACUAUAUCUUCAUCUGAAAGUGGAGAAGAGCCUGAAUCCGUAGAACAACCUCCAGCACUAGGACAACUUCAAUCCUUAGGGCAACCUUCUUUUCCAGGACAACCUCCACUCCAAAGACAACCUCCAUCUCUAGGACAAUCUUCACCCCAAGGACAACCUCCACUCCUAGGACAACCUCCACUCCUAGGAAAACCUGCACUCCUAGGAAAACCUGCAUUCCUAAGACAACCUGCAUCCCUACGACAACAGUUUUUCCAAAGACAACCUGCAUUCGUAAGACAACCUCCGCUCCUAGGACAACCUGCACUCCUAGGACAACAGUUUUCCCAAGGACAACCUCUAUCCGUAAGACAACCUCUAUCCCUAGGACAACCUCCAUCCGUAGGGCAACAGAUAAGGCAACAGCCUCUGGUUCAGUCAAAACCGCUUCUGCAAUGGGCAUAUAGAGCAUUUCCUUGGCUUAAGUUCGAUUUUAUUAAACCAAAAAGCGAUCUGACAUCCGAUGCGAACUACUGGAAAUAGGAUUUAAUCGAAUCGAAGAGCGAUCAUCAUCACGAUUUAAUAUUUCCUGCAGACCUAAUAAGUUAAAGAUAAUUGUAGGUCCUAGUCCUAUUAAGUAAUCAAUAAAUGCUUACCUUAAACAAUAGGACUUUCAGCGAA